AUGCCUUUUCGCCACGUAGUCACAAAAGAUCCAAAGGUAUUGGAAGAUCCAAUGGAUAUAUUCAUAGAUUUGGAGAAGGAAGAGAAGGAAAAUAAAGGAAAACGGUUAAGUAUAGAAAAAAUAUAUCAGAAGAAAUCACAGCUUGAGCAUAUUCUGAUAAGGCCUGACACAUACAUUGGUUCGGUUGAAUAUACUGAUAAAACUCCAAUGUGGGUGUAUGAUACGUAUAAUGAUGAGAUAGUUCAACGCGAAAUCUCAUAUGUUCCUGGCUUGUAUAAGAUAUUCGACGAAAUAUUGGUAAAUGCUGCCGAUAAUAAACAACGAGACCCUAAAAUGAAUCUUAUCAAAGUUAAUAUUGAUAAAGACAAAAGUGAAAUAAGUAUUUUUAAUAACGGUAGAGGAAUCCCAGUCGUGUUGCAUAAAACUGAAAAACUUUUUGUUCCUGAAUUAAUUUUCGGUACUUUACUUACCUCAUCGAAUUAUGAUGAUAGUGAGCGUAAAGUAACAGGUGGUAGAAAUGGUUACGGUGCUAAACUCUGCAAUAUCUUCAGCAAAGAAUUUACAUUAGAAACCUCAAGUAAAGAAUAUGGGAAAGCUUUUAAGCAGACUUGGGUAAACAAUAUGACAAAAAAUGGAGAACCAACUAUAACAAGCAGUGCUAAAGAAGAUUUUACCCGCGUAACAUUCAGGCCCGAUUUAGAAAAGUUCAAGAUGACAGAACUGGAUGACGAUAUCGUGGGAUUGAUGUGUCGUAGGGCUUAUGAUAUUGCUGGAUCAACUCGUGGUGUUAAAGUUUUUCUAAACAACAGACAAAUUCCUGUGCAAGGCUUUAAACAGUAUGUCGAGCAGUAUGUCAACAAAUACGUUGAUAGCAAUGGUGAAGCAUACAAAAUAGUUUAUGAGCUUGUAAAUUUACGUUGGGAGGUGGCGCUAACGAUUUCAGAUAGAGGUUUUCAACAAGUCUCAUUUGCAAACAGUAUUGCUACCACAAAGGGUGGUCGGCAUGUGGACUAUAUCGUAGAUCAAAUAACCAGUCAGCUGAUCGAUGUGAUCAAAAAGAAAAUUGGCAAAAGUGGUGGCAUCAAUGUAAAGCCGUUUCAGGUGAAGAACCAUAUGUGGAUAUUUGUUAAUGCUUUGAUUGAAAAUCCGACAUUUGAUUCUCAAACAAAGGAAACUAUGACAUUACAGUCAAAAAGCUUUGGUUCAACUUGUGAACUUUCUGAGAAGUUCAUUCAAUCAGCAUUAAAAUGUGGAAUUGUGGAAUCUAUCAUGGCUUGGGUACGAUUCAAACAACAAGAAACACUGGAUAAAAAAUGUUCAUCAAAAAAGACAAGCAAACUGAAGGGUGUGCCUAAACUAGAAGAUGCAAAUGAUGCUGGAACAAAGAAUUCACUGCACUGCACACUUAUACUUACAGAAGGAGAUUCGGCUAAGUCAUUAGCUGUUUCAGGUCUUGGUGUUGUUGGGCGAGAUAAAUAUGGUGUGUUUCCUCUUCGUGGUAAAAUGCUUAAUGUUCGUGAAGGGAAUCACAAACAGAUUAUGGAGAAUGCUGAGGUGAACGCUCUUCUUAAAAUUGUCGGAUUGCAGUAUCGUUUGAAAUAUGACAAAGAUGAUGAUAUCAAAUCUCUAAGAUAUGGCAAAGUUAUGGUUAUGGCAGAUCAGGAUCAAGAUGGCUCUCAUAUCAAAGGAUUAGUAAUAAAUUUUAUACAUUAUAACUGGCCAGCAUUGAUUAGACGAAACUUUGUUGAAGAAUUUAUAACUCCAAUUGUGAAGGCAACAAAAGGUAAAGAAGAGUUUUCAUUUUUCUCACUGCCAGAAUACAGAGAAUGGCGUAACAGAACGGAUAACUGGAAAAGUUAUCGGAUAAAGUACUACAAAGGUCUGGGUACCUCAACAUCAAAAGAGGCAAAAGAAUAUUUUACCGACAUGCAAAGACAUCGGGUAAAAUUCAAAUAUGACGGUGAAGAUGACGAUCAAGCUCUAGAGAUGGCUUUCAGUAAAAAAAAAAUCGAAGAGCGCAAAGUAUGGCUCACGAAUUGGAUGGCUGAACAAAGAAGUCGUCGAGAAGGUGGUCUAUCAGAGGAAUAUUUAUAUAACAAAGAUACUCAUGCUGUUUCGUUCAAAGACUUUGUUAAUAAAGAACUUGUCUUAUUUUCUAAUUGUGACAACGAAAGAUCGAUUCCAAGUUUAGUAGAUGGCUUGAAACCUGGGCAACGGAAGGUUUUAUUCACAUGCUUUAAACGUGCUGACAAAAAAGAAGUAAAAGUUGCACAGUUAGCAGGAGCUGUUGGUGAAAUGUCAGCUUAUCAUCAUGGCGAGGCAUCCUUGAUGUCCACAAUCGUGAAUCUGGCACAAGACUUCGUGGGUUCAAAUAAUAUCAAUCUUUUAUUACCUAUUGGACAGUUUGGUACUCGUUUGCAAGGUGGCAAAGAUAGCGCUAGUCCGCGUUAUAUUUUUACACAAUUGAACCCCGUCACAAAAGCAUUAUUCCCUUCUAUUGAUGAUAAUGUUCUUCGCUUCUUAUUUGAAGAGAAUCAAAAGAUUGAACCAGAAUGGUAUUGUCCUAUCAUUCCAACUGUGUUGGUCAAUGGCACAGAAGGUAUUGGUACAGCUUGGUCUACAAAAGUUCCUUGCUAUAAUCCACGGGAAAUAGUUGAGAAUAUGUAUCGUAUGAUCGAAGCAAAAGAGCCGAAACCUCUGAUUCCAUGGUAUAAACAUUUUCGUGGUACGAUCGAGCAACUGGAUGACCAAAGGUUCAUUUGUAAUGGUGAAGUUGCAAUAAUUGACAAUGAAACUAUUGAAAUAACUGAGUUACCGAUUCGUACUUGGACACAAACAUACAAAGAAAUGGUACUGGUACCUAUGAUGGAUGCAAAUGAUAAGCAGCCUGCAGUAAUCACAGAUUUCAAAGAAUAUCACACGGAUACCACAGUGAAGUUUGUUAUUAAAAUGAAUGCUGAUAAAUUGCAAAGAGCCAAAGAAGAAGGUCUUCACAAAAUUUUCAAGUUACAGUCAGUGAUAAACACUACAUCAAUGGUACUUUUCGAUCCCUAUGGAUAUUUAAGGAGAUUUGAAAAUGUCACUGAUAUUUGUAACGAAUUUUUCGAUAUUCGUAAAAAAAAAUACAUUGAGCGGAAAAGUUUUCAGGAAGGUUUACUGAGAGCGCAAAGUGAACGUCUUUCGAAUCAGGCAAGGUUUAUUCUGGCAAAAAUAGAAGGAAAACUAUUGAUUGAAAAUAAACGAAAAGCAGCAAUAAUUGAGCAGUUGAUCAAAAUGGAUUUCAAGCCUGACCCAGUAAAGAAAUGGAAAGAGGAAAGAAAAAAGCAAGAGUUAGUCAUGUUGGGAGAAGUAGCAGAAGAUGAAGAAGAUGAGGACCAUGAUGAAAUCGAUGAGGAAACGAAGGAACAAGGUAAAGAGCUAACUAUUAGAUUGAAUGAUUAUGAUUAUCUUGUUGGUAUGGCUAUUUUGAAACUUUCUGAAGAAGAAAAGAAUAAAUUACUCAAGGAAAGUGAAACAAAACUUAAUGAAUUAAAAACACUGGAAAAAAUGACUUGGGCAGAUUUAUGGAAGAAAGAUUUGGAGUGCUUUCUUGCUGAGUUAGAGAAGCAGGAAGCAAAAGAGCAAGCUGAUCUUGAAGUACAGAUCAAUUAUGCUACGAAAAAUCUGCAUAAAAACGUUCUUGCUCGUAAGAAAUCCUUUACUGGUUUAGUGAAGGAAGUACUUCCGAAUCCAACAGCUGAGAGAGUAAUUCCAAAAACUGAUGCCGUGAAGGAAAAGUAUGAGCAGAAAAAAGCUGGUGGGGGUCGUACUAAAGGACGCAAACUAUGUGAAAUUAAAGAGAAGAAAGAAGGAGCUGAUGUGCGCAAGUUUUUCAAUCGAGAAAAUGUAAUCAAUAAAGGUAACAAAAGACUAGAAGACAGCAAUUCUUUGGAUGAGGUGAAAUUUACUGAAGAAAGGUCAGUGUAUGAAAUUAGUGAUGAUGAUAAUGUUGUCGCCCCAACUAUCAUUAAAAAAACUAUUACGGAUAAGAGCGAUGAAGCUGUUAAUCAGAAGCCACAGCGGAAGGAUGUAAGUAUUAUGUUAAGUGAAUCAGAUUCGGAACUCGAUGUGGCUGGGCCAUCAAAAAGAAAACAGCUAUCAGUGCGUCAGAGAAAUGCAGUGAACUAUUACAUUGAUGAAGUAGAUGAGUCCGAGAAAACGGCUGAUGAUUCUUCAAUCACUGCCCCAAAAAAGAAACGCAAGAAAAUGAUUGAAAGUGAUAGUGAUGAGGAAUACAGCAUCGAGUCUAGUAGUUUUUAAGA